CGUGUGCCGGCCGCGGCUCCCCCCGUCCACGGAGCGGUCCCGGGGCCGUUCCCCGCGGCUUGGGGCGCGUCGCCCCCUCACCUGCGACGACGACAGCGGCCAUGUCGGGACGCGGCUGGUAGGCGGCGGUGAGGGCGCCCGGGCUUGGUUCCCCCGCGGCGGCGGAGCGAGAAUGAUGAAGUCCUCUGUACAUACAGAAGAAGAUGACUUUGUGCCAGAGCUUCAGAGAAGCAUCCAUCCCCGGGAGAGGCCGGACUGGGAGGAGACUCUCAGCGCUAUGGCAAGAGGUGCGGAUAUCCCUGACAUUCCAGGGGAGUUGCCGCUUCGGACUUGUGGCAGCACAGCAAGUAUGAAAGUGAAGAAUGUGAAAAAAUACAUCAACCCGGGACUGAUGGGCUGUGAUGCCUUUCACAGGUUAUCCUUUACAAAAGGUCAUUUCCCGAAGAUGGCUGAAUGUGCGCAUUUCCAUUACGAAAACGUGGACUUUGGCAACAUACAGCUCUCGCUCCCGGAGGAACAGAAUGAAGUGACGAGGAACGGCUGCGAAUCCAAGGAGCUGGUCUACCUUGUACAGAUCUCGUGCCAGGGAAGGAGCUGGAUCGUGAAGCGGAGUUACGAAGACUUCAGAGUUCUCGAUAAACAUCUUCACCUGUGUAUUUACGACCGGCGUUUCUCUCAGCUCUCAGAGCUACCCCGCUCCGAUGCCCUGAAGGACAGUCCAGAACUUGUCAGCCAAAUGCUGAUGUCUUACCUGGCCCGUCUCUCAGCCAUCGCAGGCAACAAGAUAAACUGCGGGCCUGCUCUCACAUGGAUGGAGAUUGAUAACAAGGGGAAUCACCUGCUAGUCCAUGAGGAGUCAUCCAUUAAUGUUCCUGCUAUUGCUGCUGCCCAUGUUAUUAAGAGAUAUAUUGCUCAGGCAGCAGAUGAACUGUCCUUUGAGGUGGGAGACAUAGUGUCUGUUAUUGACAUGCCCCCAAAGGAGCUGACCACGUGGUGGAGAGGCAAGCAUGGAUUUCAGGUUGGAUUUUUUCCUAGCGAGUGUGUUGAACUAAUUAACGACAAAGUUCCUCAGUCUGUGACCAAUUCUGUGCCAAAACCAGUGUCAAAAAAACACGGCAAGCUCAUCACCUUCCUCCGUACAUUCAUGAAGUCGCGCCCAACAAAGCAGAAACUGAAGCAGCGGGGGAUCCUGAAGGAAAGGGUGUUUGGCUGUGACCUGGGAGAGCAUCUUCUCAACUCUGGCCAUGAUGUUCCCCAGGUCCUCAAGAGCUGCACUGAAUUCAUUGAGAAACAUGGCAUUGUGGAUGGAAUAUAUCGUCUGUCUGGGGUCGCAUCCAACAUCCAGAAACUACGCCAUGAGUUUGACUCCGAGCAGAUUCCUGACCUAACCAAGGAUACAUACAUCCAGGACAUUCACUGUGUGGGUUCCCUCUGCAAACUGUACUUUCGGGAGCUCCCAAACCCCCUGCUGACAUAUCAGCUCUACGAGAAGUUCUCAGAUGCUGUCUCUGCUGCUACAGAUGAAGAACGGUUGGUUAAAAUCCAUGAUGUCAUCCAGCAGCUCCCCCCGCCUCACUACAGGACACUGGAGUUCUUAAUGAGACACUUAGCUCGUCUAGCUGAUUACUGCUCCAUCACAAAUAUGCACACUAAGAACUUGGCAAUUGUCUGGGCUCCAAACCUCUUAAGAUCAAAGCAGAUCGAGUCUGCCUGCUUCAGUGGAACAGCUGCUUUCAUGGAGGUGCGAAUCCAGUCAGUAGUUGUGGAAUUCAUCUUGAAUCACGUGGACGUCCUCUUCAGUUCCAAACUCAGCUCAGUCAUACGAGAUGGAGCAGGGCACAGUUCUUUAUCACGGCCCAAGUCUCUGUUGGUAUCCUCUCCUUCCACAAAGCUGCUCACACUGGAGGAGGCACAGGCACGGACACAAGCCCAGAUCAACUCUCCCAUCGUGGCAGACAGCAGAUACAUUGAAGUAGGAGAAGGCCCUGCAGCUCUACAGGGGAAAUUCCACACGGUCAUAGACUUUCCAUCUGAAAGAAAAAGACCACCCAAUAAGAUGAAGAAGUCGCCAGUUGGCAGUUGGCGUUCCUUCUUCAACUUGGGAAAAUCGUCCUCUGUGUCCAAACGCAAACUACAGCGCAAUCCCAGUGAGCCCUCAGAAAUGAAAGCCAUAGCCCUGGCAGGUGGACGAGGAGACAGCGGGACUCUUCGCUCAGCUAAAAGCGAAGAAUCGCUUACCUCUCUGCAUGCUGUUGAUGGUGAAUCUAAACUGUUUCGACCCAGAAGACCUAGAUCCAGUAGUGAUGCAUUGUCUGCUUCCUUCAAUGGAGAGCUCUUAGGAAACAUGAAUCGCUGCAAUUCUUAUGACAACCUUCCCCAUCGCGACAGUGAUGGGGAUGAGGGGAUCAUCCAUGUUCCUGCCCUUAUUUCUCCUCGCUCUUCUGAAGACGUUGACCUGAGCCCACCAGAUAUUGGAGUUGCCAGCCUGGAUUUUGACCCGAUGUCUUUUCAGUGCAGCCCACCCCAGGCAGAGUCUGAGUGCCUGGAGAGCAGUACCUCCCUGAUGGAGUCAGUCGGCAUAAAUAAGGAGAAGCCGAGCCUAUUUAAGAAGGAUGUAGAAUCAGGCAGCCAGUCCCAGACACCAGGCAGCGCCACAAGCUCUGAGCCAGUUUCCCCUUUCCAAGAGAAGAUGAGUCCCUUCUUUACUAUGGACCUGAGUCCAACUGAAGAGAAGGCCUGCAAACCCCAUGCCUUCUCACCCAAGACGGGGCGAAAGCCCAUCAGAUCUCCACCACUGACUACAUCAGAACCUGUCUCCUUUGCACUGCCCAGCCGCAUGUCAGAACCAACUGGAGGAGUGCCCAUCAUGACCAGAAACUCCUCUGCUUCCAACUGGAGCAAAGGGAUUGGCCUCACUGAAAUCACAAACAGGUCCCCAACCCAGAUGUCCUUGCCCCGGAAAAACAAUGAAACAGGAGCAGGGGAAGGAGCCCACCAAGAGCUUCAGCAUGCCCAGCUAGUGGCUGCUGGCAAACCAGAGUUGCCAGAAGAAGGGGAGAGACCAAUGUCAAGCAGUCAGAAUAAGACUGUACCCACUGGACACACACAGCCAGGAGCAGUUGCCCUCGACUCCCCCCAGGAUCCUGUUCCCGUCAGUUCUGUGUCUCUUAUCCCUCCUCCUCCUCCGAAAAAUGCAGCGCGCAUGCUAGCCCUAGCGUUAGCCGAGUCCGCACAGCAAGCAUCUGCUCAGUCUCAGAAAAGGCCAGGAGAUACUCAUUCUGAAAGCACAAAUUAUGGAGAGACUGAAGCUGGUACAGCUCUAGAAAAGCUCCAUAUCUCUGCUGGUGCUCCAGACAAGCUCCACCUGUAUACCAGUCUGCCUGAGAACCGACUUCACUUCCAGCCUGGCGCACCAGUAGAGCAGGAUUUUCAAGGUAGCAGCACAGCCGGGGAGCAGAACCAGCCGUCAGGUGCACCUGGAACCCGGGACCCCCCGCCUCUCCACAGUGGCAUGCCUGGGGACAUGCCUGCUAGCAGAGAUGCAGAGCAAGAGCCGUCCAGCUUCCAUCCUGCUAAAUCGGGGGACAAAGAUCACUUCCCGUCCCACGCUGGGGACUGGGAGCAUGCACACCAUCACACCCCGGGUGCACCGCCUGACUGGGAGCCCCCCACACCUGACUUGCCAGUAGAUAAGCCCCAACUCCGUGCAUGCAUGUCCGGGGACAAGCACCUCGCUCCCGCCUGCACAGCCGAUGACAAACUUCAGACUCCACCUGUUGUAGCAGCUGGGGAGAAGAGCACCCUGGCUUCAGUGCCAUAUCUAACAACCAUCCAGACAACAGCAACUGAGCCGAGCCACGGGCCAGCAGGCCAACACGCCGCUGGCCCAGCCACAACUCAGGCAGACAGCAUUGCUACAGCGGCGCAGCGCACACUCGCAGCCAGCCAGCCCGCUCUGUCACAGAGGCAAGAUCACCAGUCAGCAAUGGGACAAGUGCCAGCGGCCUCUGCAAAAGCAGCCAGUGGUUCCAGCCAGGUUUGGGGUGCAACUGCACCAGAAAAGUCACCUGAGCCUGCUCCUGUUUUUGCCUCAGAAAGCAGUUCUACUACACGCUGCUCGUCUUCUGUGCCCACAGGCCACCAGAGCCAUUUGGAAAAGCCUCGGGAGAGUACGAGGGCUCCCCCGCUGCACCUGCGUUCCGAGUCCGUCCCUACUCAAUCCUCCUACAGCUUUACACCCCCUGUCCCACCUGUGAGAACACUGGAGAGCAAAAUCGCUGCUGCCAUGCACUCAAAUAACACGGAUGCUAUCAACAACUCCAACUAUCACGCCUUCCUGGCUUCCUCCAUGCUGGCCUCCUCUGUGGAGGAAGCCCUGCUGCCGCCGCCACCACCUCCGCCCCCCAAGCAUGCUUCUCUGCAGUCCGUCUACGUGCCGCAUCCCAAGCCGGAGAGCAUUCCGGAGCCCUCUGGGGCAGACAACUACCUGCACCACAAGCCGACCUCCAUCCACACGUACAGACCCGAGAGUGUUCCUCCUCACAUCUCCUACCACAGCAAACCUGACCAGCACCAAGCCUAUCCUCCUCGCUCUGAGACACCCACUUCUGCAGGCACUCGCUACAACACCUACACAAACCAAGGAAAAAGCACCUCAGCUGUCCACUCCAAGCCGCGCAGCCGGACGGAGUUCGUGUCCUCGGUGAGCCCGACGGGCCUGCGUAACACCAGCUAUGCUGAGGACGCCCCACCCUACCCCACCAUCCGAAGGGUUCAGUCGCUGCACGUCCCCACCCCGGCUGCCUCUGCUAUCCGCUCCGUUCCCAUUUCACGAACCGAGGUGCCUCCAGACGACGAGCCCGUGUACUGCCCACGGCCCCUCUACCAGUACAAGCCAUAUCAGCCCCACUCCGACUACCACGUAACUCAGCUGCAGCCUUACUUUGAGAACGGGCGAGUCCAUUACCGGUACAGUCCUUAUUCCAGCUCUUCUGGAUCUUCUUAUUACACCACUGCUGACGGGAGCUUCUACGACCUGGACCCCUACAGCACCGUGCGGGCCAGGCCCUUCCACCCCCUGCCCAGCCGAGAUGUUGCCUCCUACGCCUCGCGGCUGCAAAGCAAAGGCCUGUACCGCUACCCCGGCUUGUCUGCCUACCCGCGGGGCGGCCUCAUCAGCCACCUGGCUGGCAAAGAGCACAGCUUUAUCAGCAGAGACGUGCCUCCUGCCCCAGACAUCAAGCACACAUACAUGUCAUGGGACCUCGAGGACAUGGAGAAGUACCGCAUGCAGUCAAUUCGCCGGGAGAGCCGCACACGGCAAAAAGUGAAAGGGCCGGUGAUGUCCCAGUAUGACAAUGUGGCCCCGCUGCUCCAGGACGAGCUGGGAGGACUGGAUGUCAUUCACUUGCGCAGCAAAUCCGAUCCUGGGAAAACUGGGCUCCUCACUGUGGCAGAAGGGAAGGAGGGGAGGUACCCGGCCAAAGCAGCUACGCCCGAGGGGGACGAACGCUACUACAUGCAGCACCCCGAGCCAGAGCUGGACAGAGCCCACUACCACGGGGCCUACGGGAACGGCCCGUCAGACAAGCCGUCCCUUCCCCAGAAGCAGAGCAGCAUCCGGAGCAGGAAGCUGCACGAGCCUGGCAGCAGCACAAACGAACACAGGACACACUUGCAGCAGGAGGGAAGCCAUAGGCAGCCUUCCGAAUCCAAAAACGGGCCCCCUUAUCCUGACUACAGGCCUAAAGGCGGCCCCGAGCCCUCCGAGCCCGUCGGUUACCAGCACUCGGGCGGGAAGUACAUCCCAGCGAACCAGGAUACCCUGAGACUGAACCACAAGGAGGUGAGGUUAGCGGAGGACAGGCCAGAUUUGGAAAGGUCUCGAGCCAAACCGACCACGUCCAUGGAGAAACACUCCAGAGACUGCUAUAAGGAAGAGGAGCACGCGGCCUCACCCAUGGCACCACCGCCCAAGCCUGAACGGAGCCACAGCCUCAGGAUGCAGCACCCCGAAUCCGUGGAGAGGGACUCUGCCCUCCUCUACCCGUACCAAACCCUCGGGAAACGCCAAAGCACUAUGACUGUGGUGUCCCAGUACGAUAAUUUGGAGGAUUACCAUACCAUGCCUCAGCACCAAAGAGGGGGCUAUGUUGGAGGAGGGGGGUUCGUGCCCCCCACUUUUACCCACGUGCACAGUAGGACUUACGCCACAGCCCUUGGCCAGGGGGCCUUCCUCCCAACGGAGCUGUGUUUGCAGAGGCCCGAAACAGAGGUCCAUGUUGAGUGAGCUGGUGUGGGGGGAAGGAGGGAUAGAGUCUAAGCAGCCCCUGCUGGACAGUGGACUGUUUUAUUUUUUCAGUGAUGGAAAAAAAAAAUAAUCCUGCCCCGAUGAGCAAAGCAAACCCCCUUCAGUCCUCCCUCCCCCCCCCAGCCCACCACUCACUGUUUUUAUGUAGUAGAGAUAUAGCUUUUUCAUGUAGUUUGAGAUAACUGGAAUGGUAAGGCAGGCUGUUGGCGCCCAGAUGUUGCCAGAGAGGACAGGCAGAGCUGAAAGAUGCUGCUGGGGGCAGGGGGAAGGGAAAAGAAGUUUUUCCUUCCCUGGAUUUGAUGUUGGCAGUUACCACCGCUUCCUCACCAUGCCUCCGUAGUCCUGUGCAUGAUGGACUGUGCAUGCUGCUGUUCUUGUGAGCCCCGUGUGUCGCCCUUCCCACUGUUAGCUUCCAAGAAAGGGUCUCCGUGACACGCCUCGGACGAGCCACUCUUCUACCCCCGCUGAGGUUAUGCAGCACGAGGGUGCGGGGGGAGGCUUCCGAAGUAUUUUUUUUCUUGAUAAAUGCCAAGGUCCUGCCUCUCCCUUGAAAAUUAGUGCUUAGGCAUAGUGGAUCUUCACUGCUUCAACUGCUUGGAAGUGGGUGGGAGCCUGUUUUGACUUCAGCCUGUGGAAGAGGCUCUGAAGCAAGUUCACGAUACAGCACACUUCUUAAAUUGCUUGCUUAACAAGUUGCUUCUGGCUACAAGAAGUCAAAUUAAAAUUUCUCUAGUGUAAGCGGAGGCCAGCUAUAGAAGCCAAGUAGGGCACAGGUCUACAUUUCUCAUAGCAAAAGAAAAAAACAAUACAAAAAAAAAAAAAAGCGCACACACUUGGGAGCAGCACACCCAUUUCACGCCGAUUCCUCCUAUACUGCUAGGCUAUCUACAGUCCAGAUGAUUUAAUACCACGUUGAGGCUGGCCAGACAGCAUCCUUUAGUUACAAAAAAAAAAAAAAAAAAAAAAAACACAUAAUAAUAAAAAACCACUUCUAAUAGCGUUACGUCCAGCUUGUAAAUUGGAGCACACGUUUCUAGCUGGGAAUGACUGAGUAAGUGCUGAGUUACCUGCAUGCCCAGCUAUUUGCCCAGGGCCAGACCCUGCAGCUCUUAGAUCAGGGAGUGCUCCUAGUGACCCUAAACUGAAGGCCCUGCAGGACACAGCUUUUUGUAACCUUUCAGUUCUGCGUUGGCAAGGGAAUCCCUGUGAAGUCGUGGCACACGCAGAGUAGUUAUGUGCUGUCUGUGCGCUGUGAAAUAGUUUUGCCUCCCGUAUUGCAAGCGUAGAGCACACCAGUAUUCAGUUAGCACUAGGGACAGAAGGCCAGUGCACUCUAUAAUACACUAAUAACAUUGUCCUAGGUAUUUAAAAGCUUUCCGUAUUGUGAAAGUAGCCAGGCACCCACUGGUGUACAGCCUCCCAGACUUCCCAAGCCUAACUACAACCCCACCUUACAAAGCACAUCCAUUUCAUAUUAGGCAGGGCUUGCACGAAAUACUUGAGGUUUAGGACUUUUUAAAUGCUCACUGAGAAAUACCAAGGCCGUUCCUGUUCCAUGUGGUUGAAGAACUUCUCUACCCAUUUCAAAUCUCUGAUGUUUUAUUAAAAAUCUGGAGGUCCUGCAGUUAGCACGCAGCCGUGAAAGUUAAAGGGAACUUUUAUUAGAUUUAUCAGAUGGUUGGUUGUUGUUUUUGUUGGUUUUUUUUGAACAAAAGUUUCAUGGCUAUUUUAGGGUUUUUAAAUCUUAAAGAAAAUGUGGUUCUAGUAGCUAACCAGUCUCUAGCUGUUUGCUUCUUUUACUCUUGUAGCCUUGUCUAGGGCUGUUUCAGUAACAGUACCUUAUG